AUGGGCUCCAAGACCUCGAAGCAAGCUCCGACCGAGACAAGCUCCAUCGCAGCCUCAGGGGGCGAGGCCAAACGAACAUCGUCUUCAAAUCCGCGUCACUUCCUCAAGCGAAAGCUCCUACCAGCCGUAUCGAAGCCAGACCUCAAGCCUACGGAUUUGGGUGUCGAUGGCACAGCAGAGGAAGCGGAGGAUGACUCAGGGUCCGGGGAUAGCUCAUCAACGACCAAGGCCGGCUCGGACGGCGAUGCAACUGCCCACUCUCGCACUUUAUCAUCGACUACCCGCACAACGUACGCACCGAUUUGCAACGAGAGAUCCGACUCACCGAGUGAGCCGCAUGCCCAACCACUCCGCUUACCGUCGCCGCCGCCAGUCCUCGAGGAGAGUCCUAGUAAAUGGGGCAUCCGGCCGGAGAUCAGCAUAACCGAAGAUGGUGUUGCUGCGGAACAGGAGAGCGAUCGGGAGCUUACGAAGCAGACCAGCAGACACUUCAGAGGGAAGAGCAGCACUGGGUUUGACAUCUUCAAGGUGAGCUUCCGCCUCUGGCGACGCCUCUUCCCGACAAUCGUUGCUGUUAAGGUCCAAAAAAAGCUAAUACUCGUGUUCUCGCAGGCAGCUUCCAACCGGAACUCGACCGCUGUAGCUGCGUCCCUUCCGACCCUACAGUCAGCCGCCCCAACGCCGACAAUCCAGAUCAACGGCCAAGAUAGUCUACCACUCACAGGAUCAACCGCUCGCAAUUCACUCAUCACCAACAACUCGCUGGCCUCUCUUCCCUUACAAAAUUCUACUCCCCUCUCCCACACCAGCGCUUCAACGCUUCCGUCGUCACCUCCUGAGGCCGCUCCCAACGCAGGCACGUCCCGGCUAACGCCCAGCGAACAUUCAAUGUCAGCAUCGCCAGCAAGCUCAAUCAUCCACCUCCCGCUUCCGACACGGCCACGACCCGCAGAGACGAACGCACCGUUGGCGACGAAGUUGCAGACGGACUGCUACCAGUCGCACCGGACGUUUCACAGAAAAUCGGUGGUUGUGCAGUUGGUGCGCGCUCAGGAUCUGUGGGCGGUGCAGGGCAAAAGUGGAGGCGCUGAGGCCAAAGAGAGCGGUGGCGACGAGCCAGUCAGGGAGGAGCACGCCGAUGAGCAGGAUGGGAAGUUGAGGGGGGCAGGCGGACAGGAACGGGGUCUUUGCGCACUGGAAGAGAGCUGUGCGAGCAUUCUGGCGCUGUAG